AUGCCGGCAGACACCUCUUCGGCGUGCUAUGUGAUCUUGAGUGAGGCGGCCAAGUUUGAAUGCACAUUGUUCGAGUUCUUUGCUGUUCUUGCGUCGCACAUUUUCGCGUUCAGUUGCACGGGUUUGUUGCUGCGUUUUGUUUUACUCGAAACGCAGAAGACCCCAGUUGACUUCUCUGCAGUUGUCAGCAGUGAGAGUUGCGACCUCAAUCUGGCGGUUGUAUGCGUCGCGGUCUUUGUUCUAGAGGUGCUUCCAGAGCUUCUGACGCAUUUCGAGCUAGCUCAAGAAGUAGCAAUGGACGAGGUGUUCAGCAAAGACGACUGGCCCACGAAAGCUGCUCAGUUCAUCCUGACGAGUCCCAAGUUUCCUCUUUGCACAUCUCUUGUUCUGUUCGGCAGUUGGUUCAUCCUUACGAGCGAGAGCAACAAGGAUUUAAUAUUGAACACAGUUGCACUCACCUUUGUGAACAACAUCGACAACACCGUGUACGCAAUGUUUGUCAGCCGCAGGCUACAGCGCAAGAUUACCAAUACCGCCCUCGUGAAGGGAACGCGGGUUCGCAUUGAGCCUCCAGCCACCUACUCCACCUACUUUGAAGGAGCAUCGCUGGCAGAACGACCGUCUCACACAGAGUUCAGCUACGUAGGAGCUGGGAAAGGGAGCUACCGGAUACCACAGGCCGCAAAGUAUGGCGCUGGUGGAUCCGUAUGUUCCUGCCUUUGUUUCAUGUUCAGGUAUAUUUGUUUGUCAAGAUCUGCUUUAUUGAUUGCAAUGGCUGUGCUAGUGCCUUGGCUUCUCUUGCGUUGGCACAGUGAUGGCCAGGUGUUUUGA